ACCUUUGAAGCCAUGACUGCAACCCGCCAGCAAACCGGAAAAAGAAAAAAGACGACGAAAGAGACACACACGGACACAACCUAAUCGUAAAUAAUUAAAAUGUGUGUUAAAUUCUCAAUUUCUACGUUUUUACCUAUUCGUCCGUCGUAUGAAAAACUCAAGUUUAUUUAUUAUUUGUGUCAGGAAAAAGCUGACUCGUCUCAGUGAACUUUAAAGCUUCUCGUGCUAGCUUAGCUUGCUAGUUAGCUUCGCUUGUUAGCUGCUAACAAAGAGACGCAGACGUUAUCAACACGUCGCUAAGCAGAGAUCAGAUGUGAGUGUAAAGUGUUGUGAUUGUGUGAAAAUGUGCGAAAGAACGAUAGCAGAGUACAAGGAGGAAGUUUGUCCAACAAAAGAGGAGAAGGAGCGACAACAUCAACUACUGGACGCUGUUUUCAAGAAACAUCAAGUUGUGUUACACAGAACAGCAGAUGUCCAGCAGCCCCCCCACAUUAUAGAGGAAGAGGAGGAAGAACUCUGGAUCACUCAGGAGGAAGAGUGCCUUCUUGGGCAGGAGGAGGCUGAUCUCACCAAGUUUCCACUGACUGUUGUCUCUGUGAAGACUGAAGACUAUGAAGACAAACCAACUGAGUCCCCACGGCUUCAUCAUAGUCCAAAAGUCCAGCAGCUGAUUGGACGUCGAGAAGAAAGGAAGGGGGGUAGCUCCAUUUUGAAGCAGGAGGGGCCGCAGUCCCCCUACAUUAAAGAGGAAGAAGAGGAACUCUGGAUCACUCAGGAGGAAGAGUGUCUUCUCGGGCAGGAGGAGGCGGAUCUCACCAAGUUUCCACUGACUGUUGUCUCUGUGAAGACUGAAGACCAUGAAGAGAAACCACCUGAGUCCUCACAGCUUCAUCACAGUCCAAAUGUCCAGCUGCUUUGUCGUCAAGCAGAACCUCCCCCUCAGUUGCUGGAGGGGAGCUCCACAUUGAAACCGGAUGAUCCACAGCCCUCCCACGUUAAAGAGGAAGAGGAGGAACUCUGGACCACACAGGACGGAGAGUAUCUUCUAGGGCUUGAGGUAGCUGAUCUUACCAAGUUUCCAUUGACGGUUGUCUCUGUGAAGGCUGAAGACCAUGAAGAGAAACCACCUGAGUCCUCACAGCUUCGUCACAGUCCAAGCGAAGAGAUCAGAGCCGUGGAAUUUCCAAGCAUCAGCUCACCCAAACAUAUAAUAGAAGCUGAUGGAGACCACUGUGGAGGAUCACAAGCGGACAUCCUCUCAGCUCCACUGUCAGAUAGUGACGACACAACGGCAGAUGCUAAUGUAAAUAUAGAAUCACACACGAGAACAUACUCAAGACAAAAACAUUUUGGUUGUUCAGUUUGUGCAAAAGGCUUCUUUAAAAGUUCGAAUUUGACUCAACACAUGAGAACGCACACAGGAGAAAAACCUUUCAGUUGUUCAGUUUGUGGUAAGAGAUUUGCUAAAAAAGAUAACAUGCAAACACACAUGAGAACACACACAGGAGAAAAACCUUUUAGUUGUUCAGUUUGCGGUAAACGAUUCUAUGACAAAAGUAAUAUGCAAAAACACAUUAGAACACACUUAGAAGAAAAAACGUUUAGUUGUUCAGUUUGUUGUAAAAAAUUCUCUAACAAAAGUAAUAUGAAAAUACACAUGAUUAGAACACACACGGAAAAAAAACUUUUUAGUUGUAUAGUGUGUGGCAAAAGAUAUUCUAACAAAAGUAAAAUGCAAAUACAUAUGCGAACGCACACUGGAGAAAAACCUUUUAGUUGUUCAGUUUGUCGUAAACGAUUCACAAAGAAAAGUAAUGUGAAAAUACACAUGAAAAAACAUUCCGGGGAAAACCUUUAUAGUUGUUCCGUUUGCACAAAGGACUUUGUCAAAAACUCCAAUUUGACUCGACACAUGAGAACACACACAGGAGAAAAACAUUUCAGCUGUUCAGUUUGUAGUAAUAAGUUCUCUAGCAAAAGUAAUAUGCAAAUACACAUUAUGAGAACACACACAGGAGGAAAAACCUUUUAGUUGUUCAGUUCUGCCAUAAUAGAUUCUUUAAUAAAAGUGAAAAGGAGAACACACACACACACAGGUUAUAAGCUCUAUAGUUUUUAAUUUUGUCCAAAAGACUUUGUUUAAAAACUCAGAUUUGACUCAGCACAUGAGAACACACAGGGGAAAAAAAACUUUCCUUUUUCUGGAAGUCCUCUUUGAACGGAUUCCUGCAGAGUCACUAAUGUUCUACUGCAGGGCUUCUUUAAAGCCAGUAUCUGGACCCAGUUGGUAUCCAGCUAGCCUACCUUAUGGUAUGAAAUACAAAACUUUGUUCCUUUUAGUUACUGCUUAUAAAAUAAAUCAAAUGGUUUGUAAUGACUGACAAAUACAGUGUUUUUAGAUAUGAUUCACAGUGAUCCAUUAAAGAUAACUCUUAGAAUAUUUUCACCUUUUUCACUAAAUUAAUAACCGGGACAAAAAUACACACCCUGUUCCAACACCCACUCAGCAGUUUAGUUAGGGAUUUUUUUUUAAUCAAAAAAUUGUCUCCAGACCACCAUCAUUCCCUUGUCUCCUGUCCUCUUCCAUGUUGCCUGUUAUUGUGUUCCAGUGGUUGCUACACUAUAUUGCCAAAAGUAUUUGGCCACCUGCCUUUACUCUCAUAUGAACUUGAUGUGGCAUCCCAAGGAAUUGUCCAAAAUGUUUCGGUAUCCUGGAGCAUUCAAAGUUCCUUUCACUGGAACUAAGGGGCCAAGCCCAACUCCUGAAAAACAACCCCACACCAUAAUUCCUCCUCCACCAAAUUUCACACUCGGCACAAUGCAGUCCGAAAUGUAGCGUUCUCCUGGCAACCUCCAAACCCAGACUGGUCCAUCAGAUUGCCAGAUGGAAAAGUGUGAUUCAUCACUCCAGAGAAGGCGUCUCCACUGCUCUAGAGUCCAGUGGUGACCUGCUUUACACCACUGCAUCCCACGCUUUGCAUUGGACUUGGUGAUGAAUGGCUUAGAUGCAGCUGCUCGGCCAUGGAAACCCAUUCCAUGAAGCUCUCUGUGUACUGUUGCGUUGACCAGCAUUCCUCCAAUGGGGAAUUCAAAUUGCUAGUCUCUCCCAGAUUAUUUUUAUGGCAAUAAGCUGAUGUUUAUAUUCAAUCAACAGGCAGUAGUUGGUAUUUUGUGGUUUAUUCACAAGCUUAGAGGACAAACGUGAGACCAAUCUAGUACACCAGCGUUCCCUCGCCCGGUCUAGCUCGGUCUCCCCCAAACCCACGGAAGUCCCGUGAUCCUCCCUCUGUCCAUCGCCCCCACUCCCGUUGUUUAGACUACUCCGAGUUAUCUCUACUCUGACACAUUCCAAUCUAGAAGGCCGACACCUUACUAUGAGACUCAAAAGAAGGAAGAAUACUAGCUAUUCUUUAUAUGACUAUAGGAGUUUAGAAAGAAGUAACACUUAAAUAUGGAUAUGAUUCUGAUCUGCUUCCAACAGUACUGUACGUGGGCUAAUUGGAAGGUCACAUGAAGUUUAGAGCUCUGUAGCAACUGACUGUGCAGAAAGUCUUUGCACUAUGCGUUUCAGCAUCCGCUGACCCCUCUCUGUCAGUUUACGUGGCCUACCACUUGGUGGCUGAGUUGCUGUUGUUCCCAAACUCUUCACUUUUCUUAUAAUAAAAUUGAUUUUGGAAUAUUUAGGAGCGAGGAAAUAUCACGACUGGAUUUGUUGCACAGGUGGCAUCCUAUGACAGUUCCACGCUGGAAAUCACUGAGAGCGGCCCAUUCUUUCACAAAUGUUUGUAGAAACAGUCUCCAUGCCUAAGUGCUUGAUUUGAUACACCGGGCCAAGUGAUUAGGACACCUGAUUCUCAUCAUUUGGAUGGGUGGCCAAAUACUUUUGGCAAUAUAGUGUAUGUUUCUUCUUCUUUGGUUUUGUCGGAUCACGUUUGUUCACGUGAGAUUUGGGACUUGGAGAACUAGAGUCUGGCUCGGUGGUGGGGCAGAAUUGUAAUAUGCGUGUUGUGUUGAUGUGAUGGUAGCACACCACACGCAUAACCGUCAAAACUGAUCAAUGCUAUUUUUUAUAUUUGUGUGAGAUUUGUAACGGAUACAAAAUGUCUUCAGAUGUAGAAAAUUGUUGUGUAGCCACGUAAGUCACACAUCGCAAGAUAGAGCAUCCAGGACAUGUUUCUAUGAUUAAACCUUGCUAUUAUUAGUUAUGCCACUUUGUCUACUUGUGCUCAAGGUUAAAUACACACUUCACACGUUAUCACAUAUAGCACACGUCUCAGAAAGGUAGAUCUGUCUGCUGCUGUUCUGUCCAAUAAAAUUCUGUGAACCGUAACUCACAACCUGACUGAUCCUUGGAGCUGUUCAACAAAAGAUUACUUCGUAACUAUUCUUACUUUUACUAGCUUUUUGUCUCUCUUCUCUUCGUCUCCAGCUGCAAUGUGUGCGCGCGCUCACUAGUGAUGGGCGAGUCAUGAUUGAAUCAACCUUUUUUACUGAAUCAGGACUCAGAGGUU